UGUAAUGCGCGUAGUUAAAUGCAACAAUGAUACUACAUGAAAACUGUCAAUUUCAGAUCGCCUAAGGGUUGAAUCUAAUUGAUGUAAUUUCAAGAAAUGCUUUUCGCAUAAAAAUCAGCGUCUACACGCAAACUCGCAGCAUUGGUCUUUGAAGUCAGGACUUAACAUCGACAAACAUGAGGUUUCCGUCGACAAUAUUAUUCUGGAUGACUUUAGGAAACGCUAUUUGGAGAUUGGCUGAAGCAGAAGAAGAAAAGUCCCUUAAAUAUUAUGAAAAGUCGAUGGAAGAGGCCUUACAGCUUGCCAACAAGAUAAAUGCUGCUUUAGCUGUGCAUGACAAGAAGGUUCGACCAAACGCUGGAGGUCCUCCUGUAAUGGUUGAUGUAGAAUUCAAGAUCAUUUCGAUUGGUGAGAUUAAAGAGGCUAGCAUGGAAUACACAAUGGAUAUCUUCUUUCGUCAAUGGUGGGUUGAUCCAAGGCUGGCGCACAAUUUCAGCACUCCUUUCAACAUGGCAGGGGACGCUACCAAGUUGAUUUGGACACCAGAUACAUUUUUUUGGAAUGUAAAAGCUGCCAAAUACCACAAAGUAACAAGGGAGAACAUGAGAAUCAAAAUCCACGGCGAUGGAAAAGUGUAUUUCAGUACGAGGAUUACCUUUACGGCUCAGUGUGAUAUGAAUCUUCGCUUGUAUCCAAUGGAUAUUCAAGUUUGUCCAUUGACCAUUGAAAGCUAUGCACAUACCACAGCUGAUGUUGAUUAUCGAUGGAAAGGAGGAAAGUCACAGGGUGUUGAAAUCGUCUCUAAAGAAAUGGCCCAGUUUGAGUUUGUUGGUGCGAAAACCUCAACCAAAGCAAACACCAAUAGUAAAGGUUCUUUUGCCAGCCUGCGGGCAUUUUUCACAUUCAAGCGUCGCGUGUCGUACUUCAUCACAGCGACCUACAUGCCUGCUAUGGUCCUUGUGAUCCUCAGCUGGUGUUGCUUCUGGAUCACCCGCGCUGCUGUACCAGCCCGAGUCACCCUCUCCAUAACAACAAUUUUAACCACCAUACUACUCUACGGUUCGGUCAAUUCUAAUAUGCCUAAGGUGAGCUACAGUAAAGCCAUUGACUACUUCCUCAUGACAUCAUUGGGAUUUAUCUUUAUGUCACUUCUGGAGUUCAUUCUCGUCCUCAACACGGAUCCACGCUUCUGGACUCAAAAGCGAAGAGAGCAAAAGGCUGAAAAAUUGAAGUCACUUUACAAAGAAACUCCAGCCGAGACUGUUGUCACGCUCAUGGACGGCAAGGCUAAACCAACCGAUAUUCUUAAGGAAAGCACAGACAUGACUCCUCUUAAUGGCCCAACCAAAGAACGUGAGAAGGAUCCACCAAAGGCACCAGAAGCACCACCAGCUGCCAAGACCCAUUGGAUCGAUUACGUCGCUCGUAUUCUUUUCCCCAUUGUGUACUUUUCCUUUGUAACCUUCUAUUGGAUAUACUACAUUAACCAUCCUGAGUCAGCCAUGGGUGGAGUUACUGAGUGAUGCUCAAUCAGUACCUUGUCGGAAGUUGACUUAAAGUUUGUGAGCGUAUUAUAAACUACAUAUGGUGUUGUAGCUUUUCUUCUUUCGCUAUAACUCAUAUUAAUUCUUUUAGCUGGACUCCGUCACAUGAGAAAAGUGCUUAAUAAUUUGUAAAAAAAGAAAAAACCAAUAAGAGCUCUCAAAAUAUUAGUUCUAACUUCUCUUCAGCCUCAAAUUGAUUACUAAAAGCAAUGUGUUAAAUACUAAGCUCAAGGUGAAUUUUCACGUUGAUAUGUGUUUGUAAGGGUGGACUAAAAUCACUGGAAAAGAGGGUUAUUUGAGGGAGUACGGUCAUCUUAUCGGUGCGUAAUUCAGACUCAUAUUUGGAGGCAAGUAUAAAAGUAGUGGUAUGGUCUUUUUUGAUAAUUUUGGGAAAAUUUUGUUUCAUAAUAUGCAUAUCAAAAGCUGCUUUACGAAGAGGAAAUCUGUCUUGCUCUAAGCAAUUAUCCCAAGAAAUUACUUAAGCUUCUCUGUUGUAUUUUUCGAGAACUUGAAUUCUCCUUGGGGUCGUAGAAACAAAAUAAAACAGAAAAGGUCAGCUAAGUCGCGUUUUGUAACUGUUCAGCGCGCGCCUUCCUUAUGAAUGA